AUAUCCAAAUGAAAUAUCAAGUCCAGCUGCAGGAAUAUUAAGUUCUUGUGCUCUCCUCUUCCAAACCCAUCACCCAGAUUGUGUAGCAGCUACCAUAUACUGAAGCAGAAGCGAGCAAAUUAAUAUGGAGACUUCACUAGUCCGCAAGCAUAGACUAUUCUUGGAGAAGGAGAUGGGGAUGCCACCUUACCAUGGAAACAGAGAAAGCAGCGAAAACGCCACUGAUUUUACCAAUUUCGACGGUAACAUGGUGAUAGUUUUAGCAGUUCUACUCUGUGCUUUAGUAUGUGCUCUUGGCAUAAAUUCCAUUGUUCGCUGUGCUUUAAGAUGUGGGUGUAGAUUCAUCUCAGAGAAUUCAUCAGUUCAAGCAGGUUCGCGCCCAGCAGAAGCAGCAGCAGGGCUAAAGAAGAGCACGUUGAGCCAGAUUUCAGUGGUGAGAUAUGAAACAGGGUUGAAUAUUCCAGUUACUGAUUGUCCCAUUUGUCUUGGAGAAUUUGCUGAAGGUGAAAAGGUAAGAGUUCUGCCGAAAUGUAACCAUGGUUUCCAUGUUAAAUGUAUAGAUAAAUGGUUAUUUUCAAACUCAUCUUGUCCUCUUUGUCGCUGUCCGUUGUUCGAUCAUCAGGCAAUGAUGAUGAACAACUGAGAAUGUUAAGGCUCCAAUUACCAGAAAAUGGAACCAGAUAACUAAUAUUAGGUGAAACUUUAUCGUGUAAAAUCUCUCUUCUUCUUAAUGGUGAAUUAAGAUAAUGUUUG